AUGAAGCUCCAAUUCCUAGUGCUUGGCUUAGAAUCUUCCUUUGCCCUUAAAUCUGUAUACGCGGCAAGUAAUAGUAACGCGACACCUUAUUCUCCCAUUCCAACUAAGGCACCCAAGGCAUGGGUUCAUCCGGGAGUUUUCGUUUCCGGACCGCAGCUCGACUACAUUUCAAAGAGGAUCGCGGCUAGGACGAAUCCUUGGACGGAUGCAUUAGAUUCCAUGCUCAACAUGUCGUAUAUCUCACCUACGCGAACGGCUGAGCCAUAUAAGACGGUUGAGUGCGGACCGACAUCAACGCCCAACAUUGGGUGUUAUCAAGAGCGCGAGGAUUCCAUGGCGGCAUAUAUCAACGCAUUGGCAUGGUGGAUUACGAAGGACAAGCACUAUGCUAAGAAAUCCAUCCAUUAUAUGGAUGCCUGGUCCAGCACGAUCCAAGGCCACAACAACAGCAACGCACCACUGCAGGCGGCCUGGUCGGCCGCUAAUUGGGUACGUGCAGGUGAAAUCAUGCGCUCGAGCUAUAAACACUGGUCCAAGAAGAGUAUCAGCACGUUCUCUGACAUGCUACGGCACGCCUACAUCCCCCUCAUCGAGGAUGGUGCUCCGCGGAAGAAUGGAAACUGGGAACUAGUGAUGAUUGAGUCUACCAUAGGGGCUGCCGUCUUCCUUGAAGAUGCAGCUCUGUACGAAAAGUCCUUGGGGUUGUUCUCCAGCCGGGUUCCCGCGUACAUCUACCUGACCUCUGAUGGGGAGUAUCCCGUGCAAGGCCGUGGUGGGAUCAAUACCACCGCGGAGAUUAUCAAGUACUGGUACAAUCAAAAAGCCUUCCCAAUUAGUGGCAUCACGCAGGAGACCUGCCGAGAUUUUGCACACACCAGCUUUGGCAUCUCAUCCAUCUCCCACAUUGCCGAGACGCUGCGUAUCCAAGGUAUGGACGUGUGGAGAUCCACAGACGUUGGUGCGCGUGUCAAGGCGGCCCUCGAGCUACAUACUGCACUGGAUUCAAAAGCGAAACCCGUUCCUAAGUGGCUGUGUAAUGGCACUAUUCCUGACACAAUGAAUCCAAGUUAG